GAAAGUUGGAGGCAGCGCAGACACCGAGGGCUCCCACCUGCUCAGGAGCUGUGAGAAAGCAGUGCCUUUCCCAGGUUGGUCUUGGGAGGUGUGGAAGCUCCAUCCCUGCUGAAGCAUAGCUGACUGCUGUCACCAACCAAAUAUGCAGAGCAUGUAAGACCCUGCAGGACCUGACCCCAUGGUGGCUCAGAGGAGAGGCAAAGGCAGGAGGGGAAAAGGGAGCAGCUGAGACCCGCCGGCAGCUGCCAUGGGGAAUCAGCUCCAGCACUGAGCUCCCAGGUGGGGCCAACAGACACCAGUGAGUCACAAGGCCGCAUCUUUCCCUAGACCGUGUCAUUCCAAGCAUACAAAGCUGAACACAUGAAGUGAUUCUGCAAUGUUCUCCAAGGUCACUGUAGGCCCAAGGUCACUUUGGAAGGGGCUCUAGGGCUGCCUGGUAAAGGGUCACUCCAAGUAGCUUUGAAACCAGUGAGAGCAGGACUGCUCCAUCCAUGUGACUGCGCUAUGGAUCCAUGUUACAACCAUACAAGCUCUGAAAAAAGGAUGGAUUUGCCCCUACAGCUGCUGGUUGGGUCCUGCCUCGCCAUCCUCAUCGUGAUCACUCUCUGUGGUAACAUCAUCGUCUGCCUGGCUGUCACCCUUGACCGCCGGCUCCGCAGCUUGACGAACUGCAUCAUCGUCUCCUUGGCCAUCACCGACCUGCUGCUGGGCCUCCUGGUGCUGCCAUUCUCUGCCUUCUAUGAACUCACCAAAGAGUGGCCCUUUGGCAGCAUUUUGUGCAAUAUCUACACCAGCCUGGACGUCAUGCUGUGCACAGCUUCCAUCCUCAACCUCUUCAUGAUCAGCCUGGACCGCUACUUUGCCGUCACCACCCCACUCCGCUACAGCCAGCUAGUCACUCACUCCCGGGUGGCUGUGGGCUUAGUUGUUAUUUGGACCGUUUCACUGAUGGUCUCCUUCCUACCUAUCCACCUGGGCUGGAACACCAAUGGGACAGCAGUCCAAAACACAAUCCCUAACUGCAACAAGGAGUGCACGCUAGAGGUGAACCCUGUGUACGGGCUAGUGGACGCCUUGCUCACUUUCUACAUCCCUUUGGUCAUCAUGUGCAUCACCUACUACCAGAUAUUUAAGAUAGCAAGGGAGCAAGCCAAGAGGAUAAACCACACAUGGUGCUGCAGCAAGACCCCCAUGCCACCCAUGGUGAAAGAGCACAAAGCCACCGUGACGCUGGCGGUGGUGUUGGGAGCAUUCAUUGUGUGCUGGUUCCCCUAUUUCACAGUGUUCACUUACCGGGGGAUGUGGGGGGACAGCAGUGUGAAAGGCACACCCAUGUCCAUCGUCCUCUGGCUGGGUUAUGCCAACUCAGCCCUGAACCCCAUCCUCUAUGGAACACUCAACAGGGAUUUCCGGGUGGCAUACCAGCACUUGCUUCACUGCUGGAGGACUGGGGACCCCAGGAGCUCCCACCAGCCCCCUGUCCAGAAGGCCCAGUCCAGAGGCAGGAGCUGCAGGCAGGACCAGGGCGGGCAGGAGGGUAAACCCCUGAAACUGGAAACAAGAAAUGGGAAGGGGAACUUGCUGACCGACAGAGCCCUCGAGAGCGCCAGAGCUUUCCCGUGAGUCUCAGCCAGCCCACUGCCCUGGGAGCCACAACUCCCAGCCUUCAACUCCUGGCUGUCCUCUUCCAGAAGCUUGUGAGGUUGAAAGGACAACACUUACUUUUCCUCAGGGAGAAACUUAACAGCAGAGGCAAGGGCUGCAGGGAUCCCUGCUCUGGAACGUGGCAUUUGCUCCAUCCCCAAGCACUGCUGGAGAGGCCUUUGCCUGACCAAGUUUCUUCCCAGGAGGAUGGUGUGUUUGAAGAGCCCACGGAGGAGCUGCAGAGGAGCCUCUCCCCUGCCCCGUUGGGGCCGUGACGCCUCCAGAGUUGAAGACCACACCAGUGGGCAGUGGUGCCUGAGGAGCUGGGUUGGGAGCCAGUAUGUGCCCCCAGCAGGGCUGGGAUGGGGGUGCCCUCCCCAGGCCCAGGGCAGUGGGUCAGGCUGAGGGGGCACAGGGCAGGGGGAAAAAGGGGCUAUGGUCAAGGUCUUGUGCCUGACAAACCAGCCUAGGAUGGAGAAGGGGAACACAGGCACUACUCUCCCUGGUACCCUGUCCAAAAAAUGUAUCUACCCUUCAGGUGCAAGGAUCCUGGCAGAGGCGGGGGUGAUGUGGCAGGAGGGCUGGGCAUGGUGGAUGUUGGCAGCCAGGAGUGCCAGAUGUCCAUGCACAGAACACCCAGUCCUCCAGCAUCCGUGCCAGGGCAAGACUGCCUCCCACAUUGGGAAGGUUUUGGUGUUAACAGGACAGUCCAUGCUCUCUGUGUCUGCUUCACACUCCCCAGCCCCACUGCAAGAAAGGGAAAGCCCCUGCAGCCUGGCUGGGCCAUGAGGAGACACUAAGUAGCUGGGGUUUGUCCCCAGACUCUGCCCUCCCCGGGCAGCACAACACUAAGACUACCAAACAGGAUGUUUCUGCACCGAGCCUGUGCAGAAGUCAUCAGUGGUAUAAAAAUUUAUUUAAUACA